AUGCUCUAUUUGAAGAAGAAUAAUAUGGAUACAAAAAAAAAUCUAUGCAUGCUUUAAAUGCAGAUACUAUAAUGUAUAUAUAAAGAUAAACUUAGAUAACAAGAUUUUGAGAUUAUUGAAGUAGAGAAAGCCAACUAAAAAAGAAAUAAAGCUAGAGUUAUUAGAUUACCUAAAUAUUAAUUAAAUACUAUUAUUGCUCUUGUAUUCUAUUUAGCUAUCAUACUUGUUUUAUUUAUAUUAGUUUAUUAUUUCAUUUGGAUGAAUCAAAUGCAAACGAAGUAAAUCUUUUUGGAUAACAAUUAUUUAGCUCAAACAAACUAUUUUUGGAUAAUUACAUUGCUUAAAGAAAAAUUCAUUUAUGAUAACUAUUUGAACUCCUCCUUUUAUCCAAAUAUAACAUAAUUUAGAUUCCAAGAAUUUCUUGAUGAUAUGGCAGUAACCUCCCCUCUCUUAUACUAAACAACAUUAAGCGAUAUCUAGCGCAUUUUUGAUGAAACAUUAUGCGAUUAUUAUUCUUAUGAUGAAUCUGCAACUUACAUCUUCUAUGAAUAAUUCUGUCCUGAAAUAUUGAAUGGAGCCUUGAAACGAGGAUUAAAAUAAUUCAACAUACUAUUAUCAUAAGUAGUAAUAAAAGCUUUGAACCCAUAUGAUGAAAGAUAUGAAGAUUUCAAGAUAGAAGACCUUGCACAAUAUCAAAUAUCUUUUCAAAUUAUUUAUGAAAUAUUUUAGAAGUCCUUUCAGAUUUGGGCUUCAAAUGCUGAAGAUAUAUUAUCAAAAACCUCAGAUUUAAGUCUAGUGUCUUUCAUCAUUCAACUUUUAGUGAUCAUUGUCCUUUACUUUGGUUUACUGGAAUAUUAUUUAUUUAAUAAGCUACAAAAAGAUUUCGAUUUCAGUAAAAACUACUACAGAUACUUCAUGUUGAAUUAAACUAUGAAUUAAGUGAAGACUAUGAGAGUAGAUAUGAUAAGAACUGGCUUAUUAUCCAAAUGA